CUGAUGUCAUCACCAGUUUCCUGCUCAUCAUCAUGUUGUUUGUCAUCAGCUUCAACCUCCUCCUCGGUGUGGUGAAGAAGAGGGAACGGCUCCUGAUACCAUUCCUUGCUCUACAAGUCAUAGACUUCCUCCUCAGCCUCCUGACAAUGUUCAGUUCCUACAUACAGGUCCCAGUGAUCAUUUCUGUGUCCUCCCUGAGCCACACGCAGGGACACUCAAAGAUCCCUCUCCUGGCUCUGCAGCUGUUGGACUUCUGCCUGAGCAUUCUCACCCUCUGCAGCUCCUACAUGGAGGUGCCAACCUAUCUCAGCCUCAAGCCUGCAGACAAUGGGGACUUUUUGCCAACCCUGGAGAAGUUGCCAACAGAGGAAUAUGCUAAAGUGAUGAUCACCUUCACCAUUGCAUUCAUUGCUGUUCUCUUCCUGAAGGCCUAUAUGUUCAAGUGUGUCCUGAACUGCUUUAAGUACAUCAAAGCCAGCAAGAGAGAGGAGGUGAAAGUUGACUCCCAAACAGUUGAAAAGGCUGUACUGCCAUCAUAUGAAGAAGCCUUAGAGUUGCCUUCCAAGGAAUCUCCACCACCCUAUGUAACAGCCUAAGCUCUGCUCAAAGAGAGAAGA